AUGUACAGCUUUAUGGGCGGGGGCCUCUUCUGUGCCUGGGUGGGGAACAUCCUCCUGGUGGUUGCCACGGCUACAGACCAUUGGAUGCAGUACCGGCUGUCUGGGGCCUUUGCUCACCAGGGGCUGUGGCGUUACUGCCUCAGCAACAAAUGUUAUCUGCAGACUGAGAGUAUCGCAUAUUGGAAUGCGACUCGGGCCUUCAUGAUCCUGGCUGCCCUCUGCUGCUUUGCGGGUAUCGUCAUUGGGAUCCUGGCCUUUGCCCAGCUGCCCACCUUCCACCGCCUCACACGUCCCUUCUCAGCAGGCAUCAUGUUCUUUAUUUCCACUCUCUUCGUCCUUCUUGCCAUGGCCAUCUACACUGGAGUCACUGUCAGCUUUCUGGGCCGGCGCUUUGGUGACUGGCGUUUCUCCUGGUCCUACAUUCUGGGUUGGGUGUCUCUGCUCAUGACCUUCUUUGCAGGAAUAUUUUACAUGUGUGCCUACCGAAUGCAUGAAUGUCGCCGCCUGUCUGGGCCUCGCUGA